AUGUCAGCACCGGCAGGAGGCCUUACUAGACGCCGAGGUGGAGGCGCCACGGCCGGCGAUGGCGAGACCAGCAACGGCGCCAGCCGGACCAACUCCACGAGCAACUUCAACAAGGACAGCGCCCCCGAGACGAGCUACGAGAGCGGCGAGAAUGGCCACAAGAUUGCCUUUGACCCCCGCGACAUCAGCGAGAGCGCAGAGCGCAGCAAACAACCCAAGCUGACCUUGAUGGAGGAAGUUCUGCUGCUCGGUCUCAAGGACAAGCAGGGUUACCUAUCUUUCUGGAACGACAACAUCUCAUACGCCCUCCGUGGAUGCAUCGUCAUCGAACUCGCUUUCCGUGGCCGCAUCAGCAUGCAGAAGGAUGCCUCGAGAAGGCGUUUCCCCCUCGCAGACCGCGUCAUCGAAGUCAUUGACGAGACCCUGACGGGCGAGGUGCUCCUUGACGAGGCAUUGAAGAUGAUGAAGCAGAGCGAGAAGAUGAGCGUCAGCUCUUGGAUCGACUUGAUGAGCGGAGAGACCUGGAACUUGAUGAAGAUCGGAUACCAAUUAAAACAGGUCCGCGAGCGCCUGGCCAAGGGCCUCGUCGACAAGGGCAUCCUUCGCACGGAGAAGCGCAACUUCCUACUUUUCGACAUGGCUACCCACCCUGUCGCCGACGGGGGAGCCAAGGAGGAGAUCCGUCGCCGCGUCCGUAACGUUCUGACCCAGCGUACUGUCGUUCUCCCCCCUUCCCAGUUCCUGCCCGAAAACCUCGAGUUCCGCUACGUGCGCACCAUCGCCAUGGUUUGCGCCGCCUAUGCUGCCAACGUGCUUGAGAAUGCCCUCAGCACCCUGGGCCACGAGGCCCGCGAACGUGCCUUUGCCCAGACGGAUGAGCUCCUCGCCGACUACAGCCAGUGGCCCUUCGGAAAGAAGGCCACCGGCAACGGUAUCGGCGCUAAUCUUCCCCAAGCAAUCGCAGAGGAAAUCAGCAACGGGAAGGACAAGGAGCUGCAACUCGAAGUUGUCGCCGCCUGUCUGAGUGUCUUCACCCGCCUAGACUCACUCUUGUAA